AUGUCGACUUCUGAUCAUCCAGAGACAGAUGGUCAGACGGAACGUGCCAAUCGUGUCCUUGAAGAGAUCCUUCGAGGAUACGUACACUCCUUUAAGAGUUGGAGUGAGUUUUUGCCAAUGGUAGAGUUUGCCAUUAACAACUCGGCCCAUGCGUCCACGACACAUACACCGUUUUACGUGAAUGGCUUACGCCAUUCGCGUGUACCCACCUUACUAGAGUUUAACUCUGGUUUAAGGGGGGGAGGAACUCGCGCGAGCAAAAACCAAAUUGGUUCACGCUCAUCAUGCUCUGACGAAGAGGUCAUUGCGUUUGAUGCCGAUAUCGAUAACAUCGAUAUCGAAGAAGAUGAUGCCAGUGAGAGUGCGGAAGCCCUCACUGAAGAAUAG